UAGCCAAUCAUAACUCGCGCUCUAAAUUUUAAACUUUAACCGGAAGAAAAGACAACAACAAGCAAGCCUCGCGAGUAUCUCGGUCUUCUUUCUUAUUGUUUUAAUAUUACUCUCCAUAUUCAAGAAAAUGGAUCGUAGUAGUGACGACCAGACUAAAAUGUACUUUUAUGAGAACAGACUUCAAACAUUCGUUGGUUGGCCGUUUGAAGAGGCCUGCAUUUGCACUCCAGAAAACAUGGCCAAAGCUGGAUUUAUUCACACCCCGUCGGACAAUAGUCCAGAUAUAGCGCAGUGUUUCUUCUGUCUGAAAGAGCUGGAAGGAUGGGAACCUGAGGAUGACCCUGAGAAAGAGCAUAAAACACAUUCUCCUACCUGUGAUUUUAUCUUGCUGAAGAAGACUGUGGACAGUCUGACUGUGGAGGAGUUUCUGAAACUUCAGAAAGAGAGACAGAAGUUUAUCAUUAAAAAAUCGUGUAGCCAGGCGAUUGAUAAAUUUGAAGAGGCGGUGAAGAUCAAGAGAGCCCAGAUCAUCCAGACUGCGAUGGGGGAGGAGUGAAGAGUUUCAUUUAGCUGUGGUUUGAUUUUGGUCUGAUUUUUAGUUUUCUUCUUUUCAUUCCUUUGUAUGUCAUGGAACGCUGUAUGUUCUUUUUUUUAAAUGUUACCUGUGAUGACAUUUGUAUGUCACGCCA